AUGCUACAAGGAGGCUAUCAAGAUUAUCGUCCAAACAACAAUAUGUAGAUGAUUUACAACUAGGUGGAUUAAGGGCAUCCACAAUAAAUGUAAUAGCCUCAAUAGUAAAUGGAUUAAAGCUAUAUAGAUCAAUAAUACAAUAAUAAUAUGAGUUAUCAAGAUUUAAAUCAGCCACCACUUGACUAAUAAGAAAUACAAACUUAGCAAUUGCCCUACAGAUCUCCAUCAGCCACUUUGAAUCAAUAGGCUAUUAUUAACAACUAAAGUAUCGAGUAACUUAGAUAUUAGGAGAGACUCAGAAUGGCAACUUAAAAAUAAAAUGAAACUUAUCAUAGAUUUAUUAGCACUUAAAACAAUGCAAUGACCAGUAAGGAUAAACUUAUUAACAAAUACGAUCAACUAGAAUAAAUGGAAAAUAUUUAACCUUAGUUAUUAGUUGGAACUCCUUAAAGAAAGACCAGAUUGGGUAAAAUAGUGACUUAAAUCGAAAUGAAUAAUCCAGAAACAAGGAAGUAUCUAAGGGAAGUGCUAGAGUAACAGAUAAAAGAGAAAAAUUAGAGAAAGUAAAAUGAGAUAGCUCAACAUAAAGUAUAUUAAUAAGGCAUUAAGCAUUAAUCUGAGAUAAACGCUUAAGAGUAACUUUAAACUAGAGAAAGGAAAAGAAUGUCUUAGCAUGAAUAUAAGUAAUUUCUUGAUGCCUAAAAGACCUAGCCAGUUGAAUAAUAUGGAACUUAUGACUAAAUGGCAUAGGAUUUAAUGUAAUAGUAGCAAUAAUUGCAAUAUUAACCCCCUGCAUUGAGAUAUGAUCAGAGUAAUAACUAUAACAUUUUAAGUGGUUAGAAUUAUCAGCAGGAAUUAAAUCAAAUGCAAAGGUCAACGUAGCUUCCUCCUAGGCCUGGGUAAGUUGGCCCUAAUAGAGCAGUUACUUAGUAAUAUCCUCAAAGAAAUAUGAGCAAUGUACAAUAAUACACUAAUCCAUAAGCAAUGAAUUCUUAACCAAUGCUUCCACCAUUACAAAAUAAUAGAACUCCUAUGUAUAAUCACAAUUCUAUGACGCCUAAUAUGAGGAAUAAAAUGCAAGGUCCACCUACAGACUAAUAUUCAAUGUUUCAAACAUUGGAUCCAUAAAAUAACUCUGGGUUGUAAUAUGCCUAGCCAAUUAAUCUAAUGUAGCCCAGAGCGGGAAGUGCAAAUCUAGGAGAAAGAAGAAAUUCUCAACAAUAUUUUUCGAAUCUGGCAGCCAGAAACUUAAUGCUUUGA